CUGCAAUUAAUUGUCUACGUGAAGAGAGUUAGGCUGCACCUUGGCCAUCUACCAAUAACACCUUAGCCAUGGCACAGACAACCGACCCAGAUGAUCAUGAAGGACAUGUCAAGCCCAAAGUUGAUGAAAAAGUUUCCUUUUUCAAGCUUUUCACCUUUGCGGACAAUCUUGACAGGACUUUGAUGAUCAUUGGUGUCAUUUGUGCCAUGGCUAACGGGUGGUCACAGCCUCUCAUGACUCUCAUUUUUGGGAAGCUAAUCAACACUUUUGGCACCACUGAUCCUUCCCACAUUGUCGAUGAAGUUUAUAAGGUUGUAUGGUUGUUUGUUUACCUGGCUAUUGGGACUGGAAUAGUAUCAUUUCUACAGGUAUCAUGUUGGAUGGUGACUGGAGAAAGACAAGCCGCACGGAUCCGUGGCUUGUACUUGAAAACAAUACUAAAACAGGACAUUGCCUUCUUUGACACUGAAACCUCAUCCGGAGAGGUGAUUGGAAGAAUGUCUGGUGACACCAUUCUCAUUCAAGAUGCCAUGGGAGAAAAGGUUGGAAAGUUUAUACAACUUGCUUCAACCUUUAUUGGUGGCUUCGUGAUUGCCUUUACAAAAGGGUGGCAACUCUGUCUAGUUUUGCUUGCAUGCAUUCCUUGUAUUGUCAUUGUUGGUGGAAUUAUGUCAAUGAUGAUGGCAAAAAUGUCAAGCCGUGGGCAAGCUGCUUAUACAGAAGCUGGAACUGUUGUAGAGCAAACAGUUGGAGCAAUUAGAACAGUUGCCUCUUUUACUGGUGAGAAAAAAGCAAUUGAGAAGUAUCAUAACAAGUUAAGAAUUGCUUAUAAAACUACGGUUCAUCAAGGGUUGGCCUCAGGGUUAGGAAUGGGAGUGCUUUUGAUGAUUAUCUUUAGCACCUAUGCACUUUCUAUGUGGUAUGGUUGCAAACUUAUUAUAGAGAAGGGAUACAAUGGUGGAGAUGUCUUCAAUAUUAUCAUAUCAAUUAAUACUGGUGGAAUGUCACUUGGUCAAACAACCCCAUGUCUCAAUGCAUUUGCAUCAGGCCAAGCAGCAGCAUAUAAGAUGUUUGAGACAAUUAAGAGAAAGCCUAAAAUUGAUGCUUAUGACACCAAUGGUGUUGUCUUGGAAGACAUCAAGGGAGAUAUUGAGCUCAAAGAUGUUUACUUCAGAUACCCAGCAAGGCCAGAAGUGCAGAUUUUUGCAGGAUUUUCGUUCUAUAUUCCAAGUGGCACAACUGCUGCUUUAGUGGGUCAGAGUGGCAGUGGGAAAUCAACUAUAAUUAGUUUAUUAGAAAGAUUCUAUGAUCCUGAGGCUGGAGAAAUACUUAUAGAUGGUGUGAAUUUGAAGAGUUUUCAAGUUAGAUGGAUAAGAGAACAGAUUGGGCUCGUUGGUCAAGAACCUGUCCUGUUCACAGCUAGCAUCAAAGAGAACAUAGCAUAUGGUAAGGAUGGUGCAACAGAUGAGGAGAUAACAACAGCUAUAACACUUGCCAAUGCCAAAAAUUUCAUUGAUAAACUGCCUCAGGGCAUUGACACUAUGCUUGGAGGACAUGGAACUCAAAUUUCUGGAGGGCAAAAGCAAAGAAUCGCGAUCGCGAGGGCAAUUUUGAAAAACCCGAGAAUCCUUCUUCUUGAUGAAGCAACAAGUGCACUGGAUGCUGAGUCUGAACGUGUUGUUCAAGAAGCAUUAGAAAAAGUCAUGACAAAAAGGACUACUGUAGUUGUCGCGCAUCGCUUGACAACUAUUAGAAAUGCUGACACCAUUGCAGUGGUUCAUCAGGGAAAAAUUGUGGAAAAAGGAACUCAUGAUGAGUUAAUCAAGGAUCCUGAGGGUGCUUAUUCUCAGCUCAUUCGUCUACAAGAAGGAGCUAAGAAGGAAGAAGGAAGUCGUAAUUCUGAAGCAGACAAGUCCAAGAACAGUUUUAGUUUAGAAAGUCACAUGGCUAGAUCUUCCACCCAAAGAACAUCAUUUGCAAGAUCAAUUAGCCAAGCUUCUUCAAGCAGUAGAGACUCUCUUUCACUUAGCUUUCCUCUUCCUUAUCAAAUUUCUGUACAUGAUUCUGUAGAAGGGGCUAACGGUGAUCACAAAAGUAGCGAACUUGAUACUGUGAAGCGUCAAAAGGUUUCUAUUAAACGCUUGGCCAAGUUGAACAAGCCUGAGGUUCCUAUCUUACUACUUGGAUCCAUUGCUGCAGCAGCACAUGGUGUUAUACUCCCUAUAUUUGGCCUCUUGCUUUCAUCAGCUAUUAAUACAUUCUAUGAACCUCCAGAACAACUUAGAAAAGAUUCUGAGUAUUGGUCACUUCUAUUUUUGGGUUUGGGUGUUGCUACUCUGGCGGCUAUACCAAUCCAGAACUACUUAUUUGGGAUUGCUGGUGGAAAGCUCAUAGAAAGGAUCCGGUCAUUGACAUUUAAGAAGGUGGUGCACCAAGAAAUCAGUUGGUUUGAUCAUCCUUCAAAUUCAAGUGGUGCAGUCAGUGCAAGGUUAGCUACUGAUGCUUCAACAGUGAGAACUCUUGUUGGUGACACCUUGGCCCUCAUUGUGCAAAACAUAGCAACAGUCGCAGCAGGUAUAAUUAUAGCAUUCUCUGCUAAUUGGAGGCUCUCUUUGGUAAUUCUGGCCUUGUCACCUUUGAUCCUUAUGCAAGGGUUCUGUCAGAUGAGGUUUCUUAAAGGAUUCAGUUCAGAUGCCAAGGAGAAAUAUGAAGAGGCAAGUCAGGUGGCAAAUGAUGCUGUUGGUAGCAUCAGAACUGUUGCAUCAUUUUGCGCAGAACCAAAGGUCAUGGAUCUGUACCAGAAGAAAUGUUCAGAGCCAACAAAACAAGGUGUUAGGUCGGGGCUUAUUAGUGGUGCAGGAUUAGGUUUCUCAUUUUUUGCUCUAUACUGCACAAAUGCUGUCUGUUUCUACGUAGGAUCUUAUCUAGUGCAAAACGGGAAGGCCACAUUUGGAGAGGUUUUCAAGGUUUUCUUUUCUUUGACAAUUACAGCAGUUGGUGUUUCCCAAACUAGUGCCUUGGCGCCAGACACUAACAAGGCCAAAGAUUCCACAGCUUCAAUAUUUGAAAUUCUUGACAGCAAACCAAAGAUAGACUCUAGCAGUGAUGAGGGCAUGACACUAGAAACUGUAAAAGGUGAAAUUGAACUUCAACAAGUCAGCUUUAGUUACCCAACAAGGCCUAAUAUUCAAAUUUUCAGAGAUUUGUGUCUAAGCAUUCCCGCUGGAAAGACUGUUGCAUUGGUUGGAGAAAGUGGUAGUGGUAAAUCAACAGUUAUCAGCCUCCUAGAGAGAUUUUAUAAUCCUGAUUCUGGAAGUGUAUUACUUGAUGGGGUGGAUAUAAAAAAGUUCAAAUUAAGCUGGUUGAGGAAACAAAUGGGUUUGGUUGGUCAAGAUCCUAUUCUUUUCAACGAAAGCAUUCGGGCUAACAUUGCUUAUGGCAACGAGGGAGGUGCUUCAGAGGAAGAGAUAAUUUCAGCAGCACAAGCAGCCAAUGCACACAAGUUCAUAAGUUCUCUUCCAAAUGGUUAUGACACACCAGUUGGAGAAAGAGGGACACAGUUGUCUGGAGGGCAAAAGCAGCGAAUUGCCAUUGCAAGAGCCAUUCUGAAAGACCCUAGAAUCCUUUUGCUAGAUGAGGCAACAAGUGCACUUGAUGCGGAAUCGGAGCGUGUAGUUCAAGAGGCUCUAGACAGGGUGAGAGUGAGUAGAACUACAGUUGUGGUAGCUCACCGUUUGGCAACAAUAAAAGGUGCUGAUGUAAUAGCAGUAGUGAAGAAUGGGGUGAUUGCUGAGAAGGGAGGACAUGAUGUAUUGAUGGGGAUUUAUGGUGGAGUUUAUGCUUCAUUGGUAGCUCUCCAUAGUAAUGCAUCAUAGUAAGAAAAAGAAGAUGUUAGUAUUAUGUACAUCAUUGAGAUUAUUUUGUAAACUAGUGUACAAAAUCAAUAUAAACACAAUGUUGGUAUACUAGGAACGUAUCUUUUGUUUAAUAAGAAAUGAUGAUGUACUAAUAUGGAUGUUAAUGCCUCUAGUAGGGAACACAUAUAUAAAAGGUUAUAGAUAGGAUCUUGUUCACAUGUUCAUCAAAUUUGAUAAU